AUGGCUGAACUGAUUGAGAUGCACUGGACUAUGCUCAUCGGUUGGCUUGCAAAGCGCAGCAUCAGGCGGAUCUGUAUAUCGUGUGGAGUGACAGCUCUGAUGUUCCAUCUGAUCCGACGUCUUUAUCAGCAGCAUCAGCAGAAUGAGAGGUUACGGAAGAAGCGAGACUCUGUCAAGCAGAACAUCAAUGCUGUGAGAUCCCAACUGGCACAGGUGGACGUUACCGAUGAUUUACUGGCGCUCACGGACUUGGGAUUGGGUGAGCUGAGCCAAAAGAUUGCUUCUGGAGAUGUUACACCAAUCCAGUUGCUUCACGCUUUCCAGACCAAGGCACUGCAAUUGUAUGAGAAGGGCAAUUCAGGGAUUUGUGAAUUCGUUCUACAGGCGCAAUCCGUUUUUGAAGGUAGUUCGAUUGAAGAGGAACAGGAGGAGCAUUUGUCAACAAUGCGAAAAUCCCCACUGUACGGCAUCCCGAUUAGCUUGAAGGAAACAUUUUGUAUGAAGGGAUAUGACAGUACUGGAGGUCUGAUUAAGCGCUGCAAUUCUCCAAUGGAAGAAGAUUGUGUGUUGGUCACCGUAUUACGGAAGGCUGGUGCUAUCCCAUUUGUUCGAACAACAACAUCACAAGCUAUGCGUGCUCUCGACGGAACGAACCCUGUGUUUGGCGACACGACCAAUCCAUUCAAUGCGUCAAGGACAGCUGGAGGUAGUUCGUGUGGUGAGGCAGCUUUGGUUGCACAACGUGGUGCACCUGUAGGAAUCGCCAGUGAUAUUGGGGGUAGCACUCGUAUCCCCGCGGCAUUUUGUGGUCUGGCCAGUUUGAAGCCCACGGUGAAUAGACUGAGUUCAGUGGGUUGUCUUAAUCUGGCAAGGCACUCGGUUCUUGUGUUACAAGCUUGUCCGGGUCCUGUAGCGAGAAAGGUAGAUGAUUUGGCAGGUGUAAUGCGUAGUCUGCUGACGCCAGUGAUGUUUGAUUUGGAUCCGCGCGUUCCACCUAUGCCUUUUAACGAGGAUGCAUACAAUGGUUCUAAUGGAAAGCAACUGACAAUCGGUUUCUACCAAACGUUUCAUGACUCUAACUUAAUGCGUACAACUCCCGCUGUCAUGGAGGCUAUUACUCAUGCAGUGGAUGCUCUUGCGAAAGCUGGACAUCGAAUCGUCCGAUAUACACCGCCAAAUCCAGCAAAGGCCUAUCGGAUAUACCUUAAAUGUAUUUUUGCCGAUGGUGGCCGACAAUUACGUCAUCGUUUGUCAGAUGAACCCGUCGUUACUCAACUUCGUUUCCUGAAUCUUAUGCUCUCUUUGCCGAACUGGGUAAAGUUUACUGCCGAUAUUUUCGCACGAUUCGCCGGCUUUGGACCUCUAGCAGUUGCACACACAAUGGGUGGUCUUCGGAGUGCUCAAAUGGCAAUUGAUCUUCUCGUUGCCUUACGGGACUAUCAAGCAGAAUUUCAAAGGAGUUGGGUCGAGUCCGGGGGUUUGGAUGCUGUGAUUUGUCCGGCGUUUCCCUAUCCAGCACCGCCGGUCGAUGCACGUUCCAUGUUUGUGUUUCCUGGGCUGCCCUAUGUGGCAUUAUACAAUCUGGUUGAUUAUCCAGCUGGUACCGUGUUAACUAGAUUUGUGGAUCGUGCACAUGUUAUUGAAUCUGACAAGCUGACUGUAGAGGGAGAUAGGUAUGGUUCGAAGAUAGCCGCGAUGCAAAAGGGCAGUGAAGGGUUGCCAAUUGCUGUUCAAGUUGUUGGAAGACCGUUUCAGGAGGAAACUGUGCUUCGAGUUAUGCGUAUCAUCGAAAAAGCUCGCAGUGGUGUAGUUUCCCAACGGAGAUAG